GCAUAGAUGGACAUUGAUGCGCCCAUGGCAGCACGCGAGCAGACUGGCCAGAUGCCGUCGAUACAGCAAGGUAGUCUCAUAUAGCGAGUCUCUUGCUUUGCCGGAAACUGCCUUCCCACUCAGGCCCAAUCAUCAGACUGCCGUACGGCCAUCAACUCAAGCACUCUACGACUGGCAGGCUGCACGGCAUACAGAUGAGCCGCCUUUCAUCUUGCAGGAUGGUCCGCCCUUUGCCAAUGGCCCGCUGCAUAUGGGCCAUGCACUCAAUAAGACCUUGAAGGACAUGGUCAACCGCUACAAGCUGCUGCAAGGCAAACGUAUUGUCUAUCGACCAGGCUGGGACUGUCAUGGUUUGCCCAUCGAGCUCAAGGCUCUGCAGCAGUCAAAAGCCUCGUCUCCAUUGGAUGUGCGACGCGUUGCACGGCAGCUAGCGUCAGAUGCAAUUGCUACGCAAGCACAAGGAUUUAAGCAGCUCGGCGUCAUGGCAGACUACCGCAAUCCAUACCACACAUUUGACGUUGACUAUGAAGCUGCGCAAUUGAAAGUCUUUGGUGAUAUGGUUGAGCGAGGCCUCAUCUUUCGCGCCGAGAAGCCAGUCUAUUGGAGUCCAUCGAGCAAGACGGCGCUCGCAGAGGCAGAGCUUGAAUAUAAUGAAAAGCACGUCUCGGAUGCUUGCUACGUUGCGUACCCUUUGACGCAAGAGUCGGCUGGCCGACUCGGUCUAGAGCAUGCGCGUCUGCUUAUUUGGACAACGACAGCUUGGACCAUUCCUGCCAAUCGAGCCAUUGCCAUCAACUCAGAGCUGAUGUACUCGCUCGUGGACGGGUUGGUCGUUGCGCAGGAUCGUGUUGCUGCCCUUGACUUCCUUGGUGAAGCGAGUGGGUCCUUCAAAGGCGGCGACUUGGUCGGAUUGCAAUACACAGAUGUGCUUAGCAGCGACGUACGCACCGUUCUUGCUGCAGACUAUGUUUCUGCCGAUUCUGGUACAGGCUUGGUCCAUACAGCGCCCGGCCACGGACAAGAUGACUUCAUGCUCUGUCGAGAUCAAGCGCCUCCCAUCCUCCCAUUUUCUCCCGUGGACGAUGCAGGUUGCUAUACUGCUCAGGUUGGUAUCGCCUCUCUUGUUGGCUUGCCCGUUCAGACUGCUGGUUCCCGUGCGGUGUUGGCACUGCUCAAGGAAGCAGGUGCUUUGCUACAAGUAAGCAAGUACAAGCACAAGUACCCGUACGACUGGCGUUCCAAGACGCCCAUCAUACUGCGUGCGACACCACAAUGGUUUGCAAAUUUGGCUCCCAUCAAACAAGAAGCUGCUGAAGCACUUGCCUCUGUUCGGAUGACACCGGAGCAAGGGCGUGCAAGACUGCUGUCGUUCGUGGCAGGUCGAGAUGAAUGGUGCAUUUCUCGUCAACGUGCAUGGGGGGUGCCGAUUCCGGCGCUUUAUGCAGAGGAUGAAGUGCUCAUGUCACGAGAGAGUGUUGCGUAUAUUAUUGAGCAGCUCAAGAAGCGUGGCAGCGAUGCCUGGUUUGAUCCGGGUGAGGAUGAGUCAUGGGUAUUGCCUGCGCAUCGGCACAAGUCCUGGCGACGUGGCACCGAUACGCUGGAUGUUUGGUUUGAUAGUGGAUGCGCGUGGACGACCACGCAAGGCACGGCCGACCUGGUGGUCGAAGGCACAGAUCAGCAUCGUGGUUGGUUCCAGUCUUUGUUGUUGACGCGCAUUGCAGCCGAGUCGAAACUGCCGUACAAGCACGUCUUGACGCAUGGAUUUGUUCUUGAUGACAAGGGCCGCAAGAUGAGCAAGAGUCUCGGUAAUGGGAUUGACCCAUUGGAAGUGAUUUCUGGGCGGCCUGCGGUCGAGCCUGCUACCAUUCCAGCUAUGAAGGACGAGAAGCAGCGGCGCAAGCUCAUCAGACAAGCAGAAGAAGCUGCACAGGAGUUGAAGCCGCUUGGAGUGGAUACGCUCAGGCUUUGGGUAGCGUCCUCUGACUACACAACAGACGUGCACGUUUCGCCUGCCAUCUUGGCACAUGUCUCUGAAUCUCUUCGCAAGAUGCGUAGCACAACACGGUACAUGCUGGGCAACUUGAAUGAUUAUACCAGUCCGUCAACGCUGCUGCUAAUUGAUCGGUAUGCUGUAUUUCUCGUGCAGCAGUGUCGUAAGCAAGUCAAUGCACACUAUGAGAGUUGUGCAUUUAGCAAGAUUGUCUCGCUCAUCAACCACUUGUCGAAUGCAACGCUCUCGAGCUUUUAUUUUGACACGCUCAAGGACAGAUUGUAUGCAGAUGCGAGGACAUCGCAGUCGAGACAAUCUGCACAGACUGCUUUGGCUAUCAUUCUACAAGAGUACAUGCAAAUGCUGGCACCUAUUUGCCCGAGCUUGAUUGAGGAAGCUUGGCCGUAUUUGCCUGCGUGUUUGCAACGUGGCGAGCACAUUUAUGCUGCAAAUUGGCAGCAGGAAGAGGUGAUGCUGAGCCAGGAGGAGCAAGAGGCAUGGCAGGCGAGGAUGUUUGUACGCUCGUGUGUCAACAAGUUGCUGGAGGAGGCUCGUCGAGGCAAGCAGAUUCGGUCUAGCUUGCAGGCUGAGGUGUGGUUGAGUGGGCCUGGUGUUGAGGGCUUGCUGGGUGAUGCGAGUGUGGAUAUGGCCAAUCUGCUGCUUGUGUCUCGUGUGCAUCCAAUGGAGCAGGAGGACAGGGAAGUGCUGGCUGCUGGCGGGUGCACCGUUGCUGAGGGAGAUGUGACUGUGGCUGUUUAUGGUGCGUCCCUGCAGAAGUGUCCCCGGUGCUGGAUGUACACUGCAGAGGGUGAUGCGUUGUGUGGUCGGUGUUCAAGGGUAUAGUGCUGUGCUCUGCUAUGCUCUAAUAUACUAUAAUAUAAUAACUAC